AUGAAGCAAGUCCAGGAGCUUCCACUGACGGAAAACUGUCACCACUGGAGAAAAAUCAGCGAGGUGCCAUGGGACUUACAAAAGUACUGGCAACAACGGCAUACGAUUUUCUCUUAUUACAAUGAAGGCAUCUACAUGACCCAUGAUGCAUGGUACGGCGUGACGCCCGAGCCUGUUGCAAACCAGAUAGCGCACGACCUAUCUCUCAUAAUAUCAGAAGAUAAGACAACAAUCAUCGAUGUCUUUGCCGGCGUAGGAGCCAAUUCCAUUGCAUUCGCUCUCUCAGGCCGCUGGGAGCGCGUCAUCGCCGUCGAGAAGGACGCCGCCACUUUGGCCUGCGCGCAGCACAACGCCUCGAUAUAUGGUGUGGCAAACUCUAUCAGCUGGAUCCUGGGCGACAACUUCGAAUACCUCGAUGCGCUGAACUCUUCAGAUUCAAGUUCCUUGGAGCCAGAUCUGCAAGUCAAUAUUAAAUCAACCGUGGUCUUCGGCUCCCCACCAUGGGGUGGACCCGGUUACAGAACCGAUGAAGUCUUCGACCUCAGCACGAUGGAACCAUACAAUCUGACGAAGAUGCAUGAAUCGUAUCGGAUGAUGGACCACGCGCUCUAUCUGCCGCGGACAAGUGACUUGAGGCAGAUCGCGCAUUUGGCCCCCGAAGGAAGCAAAAUCGAAGUGGUGCAAUACUGCGUGGAAGGGGCAAGUAAGGCUAUGGUUGCCUAUCUCUUGGCCGAGAAAGGGGCGGAAGUUGAGGAAGAGAAGAACAGCAAUGCUUAA